AUGCUCUCCGCAACCAUCUUACCCCUCCUCACCCUCAGUUUCCUCUCUAGCGUGUAUGCUGACCGGGCUUUGAGCAUUACACUCUCCGGUUCAACAGAGGUCCGCGACGUCGACAACUUUGCCGUGGUCACAACAGUCACCAACACGGGAUCUGAGACAGUCGAACUCUACAAUACCCCUGCAUCUGUCCUCAACAACUUUCCUACGGAUACAUUCACAGUGACCAACGAAGACGGCGACGAGGUCCCGUUUAUUGGCGCAUAUGUCAAAUGGGGCUUUGAGAUUGCAAAGGACUUUAUCACACUCGCUCCAGGCGAGAGUCACGAGGUUACCCAUCAGCUUGGUGAUGCCUACAACUUUACCAUGCAAGCAAACUACACCAUCACACCCAGAUCUACCUUUUAUGCUGUACCCUCUGACAGGGAUUCCUCACCAGUCACCAUCGUCGCCAGCAUGCCCGAGACGAAUCACACCACCAACCUCAGCGGAAGCCUCGUCUCGUCUGUCGUGACCAAACGCAGUCUCGAGCACGCACAGUUUCUCCAAAAGCGCUUACUGGGGAAGCGAAUCUCGUUCAACGGGUGCACGCCGGACCAACAAGCUGCUAUCAAUAAAGCGGCUUCCAACGCGGCUGAAAUCACUAAAAACACCGUUGCAUAUCUCUCCCGCUUCCCCAACACGCAGCGAUACCGCAUGUGGUUCGGCACCUAUUCAAGUGCCAAUAGAAACAUAGUCUUUGAUCAUUUUAAGAAGAUCCUAUCGAGUGACGUAACGUCAUACCAAUACGACUGCACCUGCGACAAAAGUAUCUACGCCGAGGUCUACAGAGAUAAUUUUGGAGUCGUCUAUCUCUGCCAGGCUUUUUGGCCCGCGCCAGCACUUGGAACAAACUCCAAGGCGGGUACACUCAUUCACGAGGCCAGCCACUUUAACGCCAACGGUGGGACAACCGAUACAGACGGCACAUACGGUCAUGAGAAGUGUGCCCAGCUCGCCAUCGACAACCCAGGCCUGGCCAUUAUGAACGCAGACUCGCACGAAUACUAUGCGGAGAACACACCUAGUCUCACAUGA